CCUGAUUGUAUGUAAUUUGGCGCAACUGGCUCGGCACCCUGUGAGAAGUCUCCCUCCCUCCUUGUCUGUCUCUGGGUCUCUGUCUGUUUGCAAGCCUGCGCUUCUCACCCAGGUGAGACAUUUGUGGAGUGCCUCAAUGGAACCGCGACCCCCCACCGAGAAGAUGACAGAGCCCACACCGCCAGACUCCACCACUGUCCCGGACCCGGCUGUAGUUGUGGACCCCACGGCGGUAAACGGACGGUGCGAGCAGGCGGACUCUAUACAGCAGCAGCCCAACACAGAAAAUCACGCAGAGGGCUUUAAAAUGGACCAAGAGAUGAAGAUAAAUGACAGCAUAGACGACAGAGGUCUCCUGGAGAGCAGUAUGCGUCUGAAGCCUCACGAAGCACAGAGUUACCGCAAGAAGGCUCUGUGGGUGUCCUGGGCGUCCAUCGUGGUCACCAUCAUCCUGGCCAUUGCUGCGUUCACUGUUUCUAUGAUGCGCCACAGUGCUUCAGCUUUUGGAUUUGCCUUUGAUGCCACGCUGGAUGUGUUGUCAUCUGUGAUUGUAUUGUGGAGAUACAGCAACGCCGCAGCUGUCCACUCAGCGCACCGCGAGUACAUAGCUUGUGUUAUCCUGGGUGUGGUUUUCAUUCUGUCCUCCUUAUGCAUUAUGGGUAAAGCCAUCCACGAUCUGGCCACCAAACUGCUACCAGAAGUGGACGAUUUCCUGUUCAGCGUGUCCAUUGUCAGCGGUUUGAUGUGCAUCAUAUUGGCUGUAAUCAAGUUCAUGCUCGGCAAAGUACUGACAAGCCGAGCUCUCCUCACUGAUGGAUUUAACUCACUGCUGGGGGGGAUCAUGGGCUUCUCCAUCCUGAUCAGUGCUGAAGUCUACAAGAACGAGCCCAAGGUGUGGUACCUGGAUGGAACAAUAGGUGUCCUGAUAGGUCUGAUCAUCCUCGCCUAUGGAGUUAGACUGCUCCUGGACAUGGUCCCCCGCGUCCGACAAACCAGGAACUACGAGCGCUUUGAGUGACGGAUCACAGAGGGCGGGUUUGGGAGUGACUGGCAGGAUGGGGACUGUAGAGGCCCUCCACAGACAAUCACAAUCAGUCCUCGCGGUGCCAGCGAAGGCGUCGCUGUCUGUGCAGUUCUCCCAUUCAGAGCUGGAGUGGAAGAUGGCGUCAGUGGCAUAUUUUUAAUGUUUUACAGUUUAAUGUACAUAUGAAAUGUUCACCUGUUUUUCAGAAGUCAAAGGCGCAGUCUGCUUUUUCAUGCCUCCAUAUUUAAAGAAGGUAACAGAGAUAAGACUGUGGGGGAGGGGGUUAAUGUAAUUUUUCAAAAGUUGUACACAGCUCAGACUGCAGUGUUACGGAUGUUCAAUACCUCAGUUACAUGUCAUCACCCCGUCACGACAGAGCAGCUUGUUUUUUCCCAUGGUUCCACGAGGCCUUUGCUCAGCUGUGCUAUAAAGCUUUGCAGCACAGCAGGUCAGAGUGAUUGAUGCAGCUGAUGUAGCGGUGGAGUAUUAAUGGUGUUUACCUUUUUAUGACUAGAGAGAAGAUAAAUAUCAAUAAAAAGUCCAUUUGGCACAAGGAGCAGGUACAUAAGCACACACAUGACAGGCUCAGUGACGUGUGAUUAGCCGUUUACAAUAUUUAUCCAGACUGCUGCAGCAACGUCCUUUUAGUGCCAGCUUACAAUCCUGGAGCAAAAAAAUAAUCUUUCUUGGCACAAAGAGUCGGGACCUGACUCUUUUCCACUGUAACUCUAACAGAAGGAAAACAAAACGGCUGCGCUGCCUCCCAGGAAAAGCAUUUAUACAAUUAACUCGCGCCCUCUACUGACCAAAAGAAAGGACUACAAAAUGUAGGUCAUUACAUGAGAACGGUUAUCUAAUAUGCAGUUGUGCUCAGAAGUUUACACACAGUCAUCAUGGGUCUGUCAUGGUAAUUUGGCAUUUUGAACUAGGGUGGAAUGAUUGUUCAGGAUACAUGUGCAAUAAUUCAAAAACAAGAACAAGAACUGGCUGCAGAGGUUUCAGUAUAUUUCAGAUUUUCUUUACUCCACGCGGGGUCAAAAGUCUACAGAGGAUCAAAUAUGUGCAAGUUGCACCUCGAGCCGCAGAAUUUGAAUUUACACUAUUAUUUUAUCCGCUUUGUGCAGUGCACGUGUAUCCCAGUAAAACAGCCUGAGAGCAUGAUGUUACCACCACCAUGGUUGACGGUGGGUACAGUGUUCUUCGGUUUGAAAGCCUCACCUUUACUCCUCCAAACAUACGUCUUGUCAUUGUGGCCAAACAGCUCAAUCUGUGUCUCUCUGACCAUAAAAUAUUCCUCCAGGAGGUAUUUGGCUCGUCCAUGUUGGCAGUCACACAUUUCACUUGUGCUUGAAGGUGUCGACUUUUUUACCAGGAGGUUCUUUCUUGUUUCAGUGAUCCUUAACAUCUCAACCAAUUUCCUCUUUCCCGAGGGUAAGAGUUGGGGUUUUCUUCCAGACCUUGGAAAAGUGGUGACACGUCUGAAUAACUACGAUUCUUUGAACCGAUGAUCUUGGCGUCUGAAGUUGUUUAGAAAUGCCUCCGAGAGACCAGCCCAACUUGUGUAAAUCUACAUAAACUUGUGACCACCAACUGUAGCUGAGUGUUUGAAGCCUGACCCUGAGACAAAAUUCCCCACAUGAGACGCAUGUAAAGGUCAAAGAAAAUGACCGUCACACUAAAUGCUUCCACACUGUUGGCACUGAACUCAAUGCAGAUACAGCUUUCAUACUGACCAGUGGCACAAAAACAGAUUUAUGGCUGAAGCUAAAGGCCCCACACGUACACAGGUAUCAGUAAGCUCAGCUUGUUCUUUCCCCUGAUGCAGUUUUAGGAGCUGAAGACUAUGAAAGAGUUCCAGACAGAAGCUGUUCACAAACUGUGCUGUUUUUAUGAGUGGGCAGCAAGAGCUGAGUUCUUACCUCUGCCAGGGAAGUGAUCUGUUUCAGUUUGUCUGUUAACAGGUGCUGGUCCAAAAGCUGCAGAGAGAUUUUCAGGAAUAUGUAAUCAGAAGGUGAUUGUAGCGCAGUGUGCAGGUUUUUAACUGUCAGGGGUAAUUGGAUGGAUUCUUCAGAUACGUCACAAAGUCGAGCAUUAUAAGGUCGGAAAACCUGAGAGAACAUGAACCAAACUUGUCUGGAUUUUUCCUCCUGGGUUCAGUUCAUGCAUGCUCUCUGCUCUUAUGUUUGUAACAUUGUCGUGUCAGCGCUCUGACGAGCCAACCUGUGCAUGAAGUAGGAGUUCUGUUGGUUUGGGCCACAGUUGUGUUUUUGCACGUUAAUGUGGGCAGGUAUGUAAAAACACACACAAACAGACAUCAGUGUACACGUGGACAAUGAAUCUCAGUAUUUGUCAAAUGUGCGUGUUACAAACAGACUAGACCUUUAGACACGUGAGGUUACUGCUGCUGGAGGAGCAAAUCUUAGAAACUGUGAAGUUCUUUAAAAGAAUCAGAGGUUGAGCUGGUUCAGGUUUGAGUUUAUCCAGUUGACUCCAGGGUUAACCUGACUUUUCUGUAUUACGAAGGUGGUUUACUUCUUACUGGGAUAACUAAUGCUGCAGACCUAACGUGCUCUGGAGCUGCAAGUAUGAAAUCACUACUCCCUGACAAUUGGCUGGAAAAUAGCGUCACCAUUCCUGGAGCAUCCCUGGGACUGCAGUGCAUGGACAGUAAUGGAAAAGUCUUUAAAGA